GUGUUGACAUGAGAAAGUCAAUGAGCCUUGCAGCCAAUACAAACAAAGAUGAACAUUCACUCCCCUUUAAUUUCUUAUAAAAGAAAGAAUUUAUGAGCUGUGCAUGGGGUUAAAAAAUGUGGAGCAUUGUGUGCGCAUCUUCUUCUACUUUGCUUACUCAAUCAACAAACCCUUACAGUCACAGCAAUGCCCUCCCAACCCAGCCAUCGCACUCUAAGCUGUUCCUUACAACUUCAGCAAGACGUGGGAAGAUCAAAUCAAUGCAGAUUUCUCCAAAGAGAGAAACUGAUCCCAAGAAAAGGAUAGUGAUAACUGGAAUGGGCCUUGUUUCUGUUUUCGGAAGUGACAUCGACACUUACUACAACAAACUGCUUGAUGGAGUGAGCGGUAUCACUCCCAUUGACAGAUUUGAUACAUCAGAUUUCUCUGUUAAGAUCGCGGGUCAGAUUCGCGACUUCUCUUCUGAGGGAUACAUCAACGCCAAGGAUGAUCGUCGUCUCGAUGAUUGCUGGAGAUAUUGUUUGGUUGCAGGCAAAAAGGCUCUUGAGGAUGCCACCCUUGGCAAACAACUACUUGCUGAUACAGCUAUGGACAAGACGAGAAUGGGAGUGUUGGUGGGAUCAGCAAUGGGGGGCUUCACGUCUUUCAAUAAUGGAGUCGAAGCCUUAGUUCUAAAGGGGCAUAAGAAGAUAACUCCAUUUUUCAUUCCGUAUGCAAUAGCAAACAUGGGGUCUGCGCUGCUGGCCAUAGACACCGGCUUCAUGGGGCCCACUUACUCCAUUGCAGCAGCUUGUGCAACUUCAAACCACUGCUUCAUCGCCGCUGCCAACCACAUUAGACAAGGUGAGGCAGAUGUGAUGGUGGCCGGUGCAACGAAUGCUACAAUCACUCCACUCGGACUAGGAGGUUUGAUAGCCUGCAUAGCCGUGUCUAAGAGAAACAACGAACCACACAAGGCAUCGAGGCCAUGGGACAGAAACCGCGAUGGUUUGGUCGUGGGAGAAGGUGCUGGUGUGUUGAUAAUGGAGAGCAUGGAGCAUGCCAUGAAAAGAGGAGCCAAGGUUUAUGCAGAGUAUUUGGGAGGUGCAACUACCGUUGAUGCUCAUCACAUUACAGAGCCACGCCCUGAUGGCCUUGUCGCCGCAUCAACCAUAAUCAAGGCUUUGGAAGAUGCUGGAGUCGCUGCUCAAGAGAUUAACUAUGUGAAUGCUCAUGGAACAUCAACCUAUGCCUACGAUUUGGCUGAGGUUAGAGCCAUCAAGAACGUAUUCAGAAACACCUCUCACAUGAAGAUGAAUUCCACAAAGUCAAUUAUCGGGCACGCACUCGGAGCGACCGGUGCGUUGGAUGCAAUAGCGACGAUUAAAGCAAUCAACACUGGCUGGUUGCACCCUACACUCAACCAAGAUGAGUUGGAGGCUGAAGUCACCAUUGACACUGUCCCAAAUGUAAAGAAACAGCAUCAAGUGAAUGUUGCCAUAUCCAACUCAUUUGGCCUUGGAGGCCAGAACUCAGUUGUUGUAUUUGCGCCCUUCAGCCCAUAAAAGGGCGUCACAUUGUUUUUAUAUAUUCUUAUUUUUGGUGUAUGAACUUUCUAAUAAUGUAUAAUUAUUUGAUGUUGCGCCGAAACUCGUCGUUGAGACUUUGAGCAAAUGAAAUUUGUAUUUGUCUUAUAGUCA